AUGCCGUCAACUGCUUUCCUUCUGGCUGGCCUUGCCGCCACGGGAGCCCUUGCCUCGCCACUUGCACACCCAAGAGUUGGGACGGCCGUUGGCCAGUCCCUCUCGGUUGAGCAGGUUCGCAAUGCCCAGUUUGCCGGCCGUCACGGCCCUUUUGCCUUGGCAAAGGCCUACAUCAAAUAUGGUGCGCCUGUCCCGGGUGACCUGAGCGCCGCCGUAGCAAGGCUGCUCCAGGAACUCGGCCUGGACAAACGCGCUACCGGAAGCGUCGUAGCCACCCCAGCACAAUACGAUGCCGAAUACCUUAGCCCAGUCUCCAUAGGCACGCCGGCGCAAACCCUCAUGCUAGACUUUGACACGGGAUCUUCCGAUCUCUGGGUGUUCAGCUCCGAAACACCGAAGAGUUCCGUGCAGGGACAGACCGUCUACAAUCCUUCCAAGAGUAGCACUGCGAAGAAAUUGUCUGGUGCAACGUGGAAGAUCUCAUACGGCGAUGGUAGCUCUUCUAGUGGCUCUGUGUAUACCGACAAGGUCACCAUCGGUGGUCUCAGUGUAUCCAACGUCGCCGUCGAGUCCGCUCAGAAGGUUUCGCGUGAAUUCACCGCGGAGGCGGACCUCGAUGGCCUUCUCGGCUUGGCCUUCAGCAGUAUCAACACCGUCCAACCGACACAGCAGAAGACCUUUUUCGAUAUGGCAAAGCCAUCGCUCGACUCGGCAGUAUUCACAGCUGACCUUAAGUAUGGCAAAGCGGGCAAGUACAACUUUGGCUACAUCGACGACUCUGCCUACAACGGAUCUCUCACCUACACUGCCGUAGAUUCAUCUAACGGAUGGUGGAUGUUCACAUCACCCGGCUACGCCGUGGGCUCAGGCACUUUGGACUCGACUUCGAUCACGGGUAUUGCUGACACCGGCACGACGCUCCUUCUUGUCCCAAGCAGUGUUGUCACUACCUAUUAUAAGCAGAUCCGUAAUGCCCGAUAUGACAGUUCGCAAGCGGGCUACGUGUUCCCCUGUAGCACCUCUCUGCCGUCAUUUACCUAUGCUGUUGGUAACUCUCAAAUCGUUAUCCCUGGCAAGUACAUCAACUUCGCCCCAGUUGACAGUGCUGGAAGUUCAUGUUUUGGCGGUAUCCAGUCCGAUGAGGGAAUUGGCUUUUCAAUUUUCGGCGACGUGGCAUUGAAGGCAGCAUUUGUUGUUUUCGACGGCAGUCAAUCUCCUCGGCUCGGGUUUGCAUCUAAGGUCUUGUAA